AUACUACAGCAGCCUCCACAACAGGAGCAGCAGUUCGGAGUGUUGCGGUUUUGCUUUAGAGUAAAGUUAACAAGGUUCGUUUUUCAUACGCACUCCUUUUUAUUUAAAGAUCGGGAGUUGACAGCUGAGGAUCAAGAUGUCGUACAUGCUACCACAUCUCCAUAAUGGCUGGCAAGUGGAUCAAGCCAUCCUGUCUGAGGAGGACCGAGUCCUCGUGAUCCGCUUUGGACACGACUGGGACCCGACGUGUAUGAAGAUGGACGAAGUUCUCUACAGCAUCGCUGAAAAGGUAAAGAAUUUUGCAGUCAUUUAUCUGGUGGACAUCACAGAAGUGCCCGACUUCAACAAGAUGUACGAGUUAUACGACCCCUGCACCGUCAUGUUCUUCUUCAGGAACAAACAUAUCAUGAUUGAUUUGGGCACCGGCAACAACAACAAGAUCAACUGGACGAUGGAGGACAAGCAGGAGAUGAUAGACAUUGUUGAGACAGUGUACCGGGGAGCAAGGAAAGGACGGGGUCUGGUGGUGUCUCCGAAGGAUUAUUCCACUAAAUACAGAUAUUGAGUUUUAUUUUCACCCCAACUUUUUUCAGGAGUUUUUUUUUCUGAUGUUUUGUGACAUGACAGAGACUACAAGAUAUAGAAGAUAUUUUUCAACAUAUUUGUUUUUGUGAACCAGGACAAUAUUCUUAUUAAUGAUUAUGAUUGUGUUGCGUUAUUGUGCCACUUGUGUUUUGGGUGUUGACCAACAUGUUCAGUUUCUUGAAUAGCGAGUAAAAUCUUCAUAUUUCAAUAUUACAAAUAAACAUGGAUGGAUAUUUCCAUAUGGAAGUUA